AUGACUAGUGUUGGAACCAUGACGUAAGGUUAUUAUUUCAUACAAUAAGAAAAUACACAUAUUUCAGUUGUUGCCCAAUACCCUUUCUUAUGCACACUAUUUGGUCCUGAUUUGUAGACUCACAGAUGGGCGGUGUUUUAUCUGGAGCUGCUCUUUACAACCGUAAUAGACAGUCUAUGAAAUAGAUGGAAAUACACGGACCAUGAGAGUACAGUGAUCGGACUAGCUGCCAAAGUAACGCCCGCAAGCUACAACAGAGAGGAGACGUGUGUCAAGAGCAGGUGUAAGAUGAGGCUUGUUUAAACCACUCAAACAGUGUUCAAAUCUGUAAGGUAACAUCCUUUCAGAUGAUUGUACAGAAACAUGGUUAUUAAAAACUAUUUUAGUCCGUGGUGGCCUACCCUGGUCCUGGAAAGCUUUGAACUUUGACCCCAGCCCAUGACUGUCUACUCUGCCCAAUGCAGACUAUGAUGUGUGUGUCCUCCCUGGUGCGAUGCCUGCAGCUGUGUGUGUCCUUACUGAUGGUGGUCAGACUGCAGGGCAAGGUAACAGUCCCUGAGCGCAUGGAGGCCCCAGUGGAGCUCCCCUUCACUCUGACCUGCAUGGUGUCUAAGGGGCGUGGGGACAGCCUGAAACAGGUGCGCUGGCUGGAUGUCCAGAACAAGACUCUGUUGACCUACGAGCCCAGCCAGAAGGACAGCGUGAGCGGCCAGCAGCAUGUAGAGCUGGCCCCCUCCCCGAAGGACACCUCAGCCAUCACCAUCCGCAGGGUGGGCUUCAGAGACGAGGGCUGCUACACCUGCAUCUUUGACCUUUACCCCUCAGGAUCGCAGGAGGGACGCACCUGCCUCACCGUCACAUCCCGUGUGAUUGCUGAGGGUAACAAGACAGCGAUGAGUGGUAAGGCGGCAGUCCUGUCUUGCUCCUAUGGCCUGCCAGAGAAGGUACAGCAGGUGCUGUGGAGACAUACAGCAGAGCAGGGGGACUCCAGCGAAGUAGCCUCCUAUGCCAAGCGCAGCGACCCCAUGAUCGAGCCGCCCUACCAGGAGAGGGCCUGGCUGACACCCUCCCAUUCCCAUAGCCAGCUGUCCAUCAGACCAGUCAGCGUCCAGGAUGAGGGCUGCUACACCUGCGAGUACCACACCUACGCAGAGCGAACCAAGAGCGCUACCGUCUGCCUCACUGUCUUUGUACUGCCUAAACCCCAGGUGAGCUACAAGAACACAUCUCCAGGGGUGAUCGAGGCCAACUGUACAGCCGUGUCACGGCCCCCGGUGGAGAUAGUGUGGAACGUGGAGAGGGACAACCGAACUAUGGGUCCCCCUGUGACAUCACAGCUCCAGCAGGGGGAUGGGACAACCCUGGUCAUCAGCACCCUCACUGUCCAAUCAGGGCUGUUGAAAGACGUGUCCGUCAAAUGCCUGGUCCACCAUAAGGGUCUGGAGUCGCCCAUCGCUGUGUCUAUGAACACCAAGAUUGGGACAGCUCUGACCAUCUUAAUCUCUGUGACCACUGUAGCUGCUCUGCUGGUCAUAAGUCUCUGCUUCUGCCUCUGGAAGUGUUUCCUGCGCAAAGAAGAUGACAGAGUCUGAAAGGAGGAAGUGAUAUUCAGCCAAUCAGAGACUGUUCCUCAACAUUCUGCUGCACCUUCAGAAGUGAAGCAAGGGCCACCUCAAGAAGAGGACACACAAUACAAUCCAUCAUGACCAACAUCACAGGGCCACUGAGAAUCUGAAUCCAUCCACUCAAAACACCAAUUGUUUAGUCACAAUGGCUUGUACUCACCAGUUUCAAGAGUUUCAUAGUAGGAGUGCUGAUGUGCGAUCAGAUUUCCCUUCCAGAUCAUAAUAAAUAAGAUUACAUGGACAGUCACAUACCUGAUCCUAGGUCAGCACUCCUACUCUGAGACUCUUUGAAUACGGCCCAGAAUAAUCACAACACAUCCUAACAGAUCUGAACCUAACCUUGUCCUCUGAUAACCCCAAUUAGCAUCGAUAUAUAUCAUGAGGUGUGAUGCUGACUAAUUAUUUUAUUCUUGUAACUGCCUUGGUUUCUUUGUGCUAUUGUAAAGUAUGUUCCCGAGAUGAAAGGGUCCAUGUCCGUGGGAAAACCAUAAACUCUGAAUGAGAAGUGAAAAUACCUUAGUCUACCAUGGUAUUACAGUAUUCAGUGGCCCUCACGUCUUGUGAUACACUGAAUGCAGAAGAGAUGAGUAGUUAUUGUAUGGAAUUUACAAACUUUCAAGUCCCACUUUAGACCACUGUAACGCAGCUUCUGUGGAGGACCUACCCUUUUGAACCCCCCAGAAUGCACUCUAUUUUCAUUCUAUUCUCAGUGUUUCAUGGGACAGCCUGCUUUGCCAAGUUAUUUUUCAAUUAAGUGUUCAUAAUGUGUAUGCGACUGACAGUAUUUAGCCAAGCGUGAUUUCUUUCUGGAAACUCCUACAGAUGUAGGAUCUUAAUUUGAUCACCAUGUGGAGGGAGAAUUUUCCUGCAGGAGAAUUUUCCUGCAAUGUCGUGUAUUUGAGGCUUAAAAAGGCUUCUAAAGUUUGUAAUUUCCACUUUGAAAUUUCAGACUUGAUUUUCCCUUAUGAAAAGUUGGUAUCACUUUAUUUGACACCCAGUGUCAUAACAAGUUAAAACGCCGUCAUAACCAUGUCAUAAUAUGUCAUAACAACUGACAUAACUUGUCAAAACCUGUCAUAAUAUUGUCAUAACACUGUCAUGACCCAUAUAUUUACACAUGUUGUGACAUACAGUAUAUUGCGUUAUUUUAUGGCUGGUUAUGACAUCUACACAAAUGUGUCUUUUCUUUCGUUUAAAGUUUGUUUCUUAAGUACUUUGUGGUUGUUGUAAUGAAUUCUUUCCAGGUAUCAUAUUUUAAAUGACUUGACCACCCUGUGUCACUUUACUUGGACUAAGAAAAUACACUUUAUGACAUUGUCAAGAAGCAUUAUGACCAUCAUAAUGCCAGAUAGGCCUAUCAGGUACAUGCCCUAAUGUCAGUCAUCAGUCAAAAACAGGGUGUAUUGUCCUGCUCCUGAAAUCUGCUCCUGCAUUCAUCCCAGUCAUCAGCAACAGAGCAUUGGGGUAGGUGCAUGUCUGACAUCAAUGAGUUCACAAUUACAUUAAUCAUUUAACAUGGUCAAUAAAUACAAAAUCUAUAACAUAAACAUAGUGUUGACAUGAAGUGUUUUGCCCUCUGUGGUAGGUUUUGUGGGGUUUGACACUCUUAUGUAGGUGUCAUAACCAGCCAUAUAAUAACGCAAUAUAUGUCACAACAGGUCUAAAUAUAUGUAUCGUGACAGUGAUAUGACCAUAUUAUAACAGGUUAUGACAAGUUAUUACAACUGUUAUGACAUAUGGCAUGAUUAUGACCGUGUCAUAACGUGUUAUGAAGCUGAGUGUCAAGUAAAGUGCUACUGAAAUGUUAAAUCCCAUCUAAUAAUUCACAUUUUCUGUUGCUGCAGGAUUAUUUGCCUGCUGUAGCGAACUGGCUCAAUUUAAAAUCCUACGUCUGUUACAUGCUGGCAAUGAUAAAGCUAUCUGUAAGGGUUCAACCGCAGGUCUCAGACAUAGACCACUUACUCAGAACUCUAGCAGAGUUGGCGAGAGGGUGGUGGAAUUUAUGGUCAGAUACAAAUAUUUUAUAGAAUGAUACCAUUAGUGCCAUUUUUAUCAUGGGGAGAGGGUGAAUAACUGUAGUUAUGAGUUGUUUGUGAGUGUGUGUGUUUUCAGAUUCCAUGGUCAGAUGGUUUAAUGUGAUUCCCAGUAGAAGACGUGUAUGAAUGUGUGCAAUGGCUUUCCUUUUUAAUCAUUGCCACCAAGGAGUGGCCAGGCCAUCAGUAUUAUCAGGUCUCUGCAGAUUUAAGCUUCAUGAAAUGCUGACCCGAUUUACUUCAUUUGUAUAAGCAUCAGAUAGCAGUCAAGGUUAAUUGCCUUUUUAGGAGAAAACUGUCAUGGUUUGCUAUCAUAAUGCAUCUUCUGUGGUACUUCUCUAAUUGCGUCAUCAUACACAUCACUUUACUUAGAGGUUUUUUCCCAGUAUGUACAUUGACUGCUGUGAUAUGUGAUGUAACCAUUGAAUAUGUGUGUGGAGGGCUCUUCCCAGAUAACAUGUGUUUCAUAAUGUGCCUUCUUCCAGAGUCACUUCACAUGCUGAAAAAGCAACUAACCACAUCAAAGGUCAACACAGCCCCAGUAUGAAGGAAGAUGCUGUCACUUGAAAAUGUACUGUGUGAUGAUGACGUAAUGAAAUGUAAGAUAAAAACAUUUAGAAAAA